AUGAAGGCAAAACCUACUGUUCUUUGUCUGAUAAAGUGCUUGAAUGUGAAGCCUUACGAAGAUUUUCAGAGUGGCAUCGGCUCCCAAUCCCUGGGAGCUUCCAUAGAGAAGCAAAGGGCAAAUAUUAACAACAAUGAGUUUCCACCUGAAAUUCUCAUGGAGGAGCUAAGAACCAAUCUCAUGAACAAUGGAGUGAGAAUAACUCUGGCCAAUGGGGAAAGGGUGACUGAGGCCAAUCUGAUGGUCACUCCUGGAAAUUCUGGUGAUGAAGUAAGAUCCAUCCCCAGCUCAGGAUCUGCCCACGGUUUCCUGUCACAUAAUUCCGGUGGCAAUUCUGGCUGGUCCAACAAAAAAAGGCCUCACUCUUCACCUAGACACAGUGGAAGUGGCCUUGAACCAGUAGCAGAGGAGCAUCCAUGGCAGCACCCUGAUCCAAAUUUUAAGUUAGCUAGACUAUCUGAAAAUCUCCCGACAACACCUGAGAAUGAUCUGCUGGUGGAAACUGGACCAACGCAAACCCAACAACAUCCGAUCUUUAAUCAACCUUUUGAGCAGAUAACUGAUUCUAUUCGAAUGCAGCUGAAGAUGCAUUUUGACAUACCAGGAGCUCCUAAAGCAGAAUCUCUGAACCAGCUAGCCUUUGGGAUGAACAAAACAAAGGCAGCACAUCUAUUCUAUCAAACUUGUGUUCUGGCCACUCGUGACUUCAUUAGAGUGGAGCAGGAGGUACCUUAUGGUGAAAUUCUCAUCUCCAGAGGGGCAAAGAUGUGA